CCCGAAGCGCGCGUCGCGGUUGUUGGGCUUGGGCGCGCGGGACGGGACCGCCGCCCCCUCGCCGGUCGCCCAGAGGCGGAGCUGGCGUGAGGGACUCAUUCUGGGGUACCUGCCUGUGGGGCUCAGGUGGGCUGCCGAUCGUCUUGGCAGUUCAGGUACUCCCCGUGUUCUGAGGGGACCCACGAACUUGGCUUAUGGGAGAAAGUCGCUGAAUCCUGGGUCUCCCAUUAAAAAUACGGUCCUGUGAUUUCUUCUGUGUAUCAGCGUUCCCUUUGGGCCCAGUCCUCUGCUGGGAUUUUUUUUUUUAAUCAUACAGACUUUGCCAAUUUUAACAUAUAUUGCAUGUCCAGUUUAUUGACAUUAUAUUCAUCAUGUUGUGCAACCAUCACCUCAGCUAGAGUAUUUAAUGUAGUUGUUUAAGAGACAAGAUACAGGAAAAGAAAAAAAUCUUAAAGAAUAAGGGUGCAAGGUUGCCGACAGGGUUGUGGUAAGCAUGUGGUGGAUUAGACUUGAUGAGAGGUUUUCAGCCUUUUUAAUUGUGACAAAUACUAAAACACACCUUACAUCACCACUUAGAACACAGCCAUGUAACUAAAUAGGAAGUUUCACUAACUAGUGUUGAUCCUCACAUGCCCUGCACUGAUAUCUCCUGUUUUUCGGUUCCAUUCUGUUCACCUGCAUUUUUAAAAGGUGUUGAUCAUGACCCAUUAAGUGGUUUCGGGGUCCUGUUGAAAAACGUUGCCGUGGAUCAAUAUAGUGAGUUCCGACCAACAGCAUUUCAACAUGAAAUAGAAUGGAAAAUAAUGAGUGCACCAAGCAUAAUUAUAUAGUUUUGUUUCAUAAACUUUCUUCAUUGCAUAUGUUUGUGUGCGGGCUAGGGCACAGUGUAAAAUGUAGGCUGGGGUGGGUCCUAGAGGAAGUUUGAAAGCCGUUGCGUUGGGUAAAGGCAUGGCCACAGACAUCAAGGGAGGUCUAUCUGAGAGGCCCAGACAUGACUGGAGAGAGUUCAGAUGCUGAGUUUGGAGUGAGGCUGGCUGGGAGGUCUUGUUUAACCACGGUACCUACCCAUUUUUCUCCUGCACCCUCUUCCUUGUUUUCUCUCAGUCUCUCAGUUCAUGCUCGUGGUUUAGCAUUUCCUACAAAUGUAAAUGCAUAAUCUCAUUUGACUGAAUAUUAAGUCAGUGAUUGUUAAUGGAGAUUGCCAGAGCCCAGUUAAUUACAGUUUAAACCAGCCUUUGAAAAGCAAAGUUAGGAUGCUCUUCUUUAGGAUGGAUUGGGCAAAUCUAAGUACCUGUGUUUUGCUUUUUCUGGUGAGCAUUUCUGAGAUCUUUGAGAGCCCUGUAUUUAAUCCAAGACACCAUCACAUUUUGCAAAUUUGUUUAGAAUACCCGAUUUGCAAUGGGAUUCCAUUCCUAGGACUCAUUUGUAAGUAGGUUCUGACAUAAGUGUAAGAGCUCUUUUUUUUUUUAGCUUUUAUCAUUAUUGCUUUUUAUUAUCAGGAUCUUUAUAAAUCCAACUUUUAUUGUCUUUAGGUAUUGGAAAUGUUACAUCGAAACUUAGAGGUAUAUUUUAAUACAUACAUUACAUACAUAAAAAAAAAAACUCCGAUGAAGAAAAGUUGGAUGAUGUUGAUAUUUUGUCAGUUGCGGUAAUGACUCCACUUGUGGAAGGUUCUGGAUCAUUUGGAUUAUCUCUGGGAACGAGGAUGGUGUUUCAAGUCAGAAAAUUAGUGAGAGUUGUCUGUAUGUUUCUUUUCUUUUUUCUUUAUGUAUUUUGCAGUAACAUGUCCCUGCUUCCCAAAUCGGCCUCUCGACUGUAGCAAAGCAGUCAGUGUUUGGGUCCAUGUUUUCAAGCAACUGAAGCCUCUGGUUUAGUUUAAAAACUUCAGCUAAUCCUCUCACCGUACAAUUUUUUGACAGCUUAUCUUCUUAUUAUUCUUCAGCAUUUCUUUCCUCUUAAAAAUCCAUUAAGUCCUGAUCUGUCAUUCCCCUUUUUCACGAUCUGUGAGGUGUUCCAUGUUGGCAAUAUCAAAUUACACACUGCAGCAACAUCGUAGUACAUACUACUAAAGAUAAGAUGUACCAAAAAGAAAAAAAGGAUGAUCAUAAGUGUGGUUCGUUGUAGCUUAAGUAUGUCAAAAGUUGGGGGACUCAGAGUUCUUGUUUGUGUGUGUAUGGGUAAAGAGCCAAUGACCUUAACCACCCUAUUCAUUGAUAGGGCUGAGUGUGAGUAGAGCAGGAAAGGUAAGUAGUUCUACCAGACAUUAAGUACUUUCAACAAAAAAUCCAGACUCUACCCUCAGAUGUAAACCAUAUUCUGUUUUUCAGUUACUGGUGUCUGUGCUUUACCGGCUGUAUAAUGAAUUCCAGUAUGAAGCAGAAACAAGAAGGACUCCAAGAGAAUGUAAAGAAUAGUCCUGUCCCGAGAAGAACUCUGAAGAUGAUUCAGCCUUCAGCAGCUGGAUCUCUUGUUGGAAGAGAAUGUGAGUUGGCCAAAGGCUUAUCCAAAAGGAAACAUGGAAGUGGCCAGUUAAUGCCUAAGACUUCUAGUCCUGGGGUUGUUGUCCCAGAAUAUAGUGAAAAUAAAAAUCUUGGAGGAGUCACCCAAGAAGCAUUUGAUCUUAUGAUUAAAGAAAAUCCGCCUUCUCACUAUUGGAAGGAAGUAGCAGAAAAACGGAGGAAGGCCCUCUAUGAAGCACUUAAGGAAAAUGAGAAACUUCAUAAAGAAAUUGAAGAAAAGGACAAUGAAAUUGCCCGUCUGAAAAAAGAGAAUAAAGAAUUGGCAGAAGUAGCAGAACACGUACAGUAUAUGGCAGAGGUGAUAGAGAGACUAAGUAAUGAACCUCUGGAUAACUUUGAAUCAUCGGAUAGUCAGGAAUUUGAGUCUGAAGAAGAAACUGGUGAAGAUUCUGAAGUAGAAGACUCAGAAAUUGGCACAUGUGCUGAAGAAGUUGUAUCUUCCUCUACAGAUGCAGAACCAUGUAUAUGAAAUUCAUUAACAUUCGACUCUUCAGAAAUAACACUGCCAAAGUUUACCUCCACUGUAGUUCUUGGUAGCAGAGUAAAUAACUACAUAAUGCAAACUCUGGAAUCAGACUGACUGGUUUGAAUCCUGGGACUCUAUUAUUGUAUUAAAAUACAAAUACUAUGUAUUUUUAAUCUGUGUUUUAUUUAAAUAGCAUUUUCUCAGUUGUCUGGAAUGACUUGUGUAUAUGAUAAAUAAACUUCAAUCUCCUAUUAAGAA